UCAUCAGCAAAAGACCUGUCGCAUGUGCCCUGCAAAUUCUUUCGCGUAGGCUCUUGCACCGCGGGUGCAUCCUGCCCGUUCUCGCACCAAGUCCAGCAGCCUGGCCAGCAGAAGGACGUCUGUGCAUGGUUCAUCAAGGGAAACUGCAAGUUCGGCCACAAAUGCGCACUUGCGCAUAUUCUCCCU